AAAAAAAGUACACAGCGCCUAUUUAUCUUCAUCGUCGCUCCCGGUAGGUAGCCACCAUCGUCGCCGUCGCUCAGCGCCUAUUGCAACUUUUGAAGAUGGCUGCAAGCUUUGCUUCCAGAUGUUCUCGUGUUCUCUGUUUCAUGUGUUGAAAAACCGAACUAGUGGGCCGUUCUCUGUUUGGUGGAUUAAACAACAGUUCCCCUGGUCUAUUUACCAUGUCGCAUGAGAUGACAUGCAGCAAUUAUUUUUCUCAGCAACAAAGGACCUUCAUACAGAUGAGGACUGUUCUGAAGGUUGUGGACAAUUCCGGGGCUAAAAAGGUGAUGUGCAUACACGCGUUGUCAGGAAAGAGAGGAGCAAGAUUAGGUGACAUGAUAAAAGCAUCGGUGAAAGAAGCACAUCCUAAUGGAAAAGUGAAGAAGGGAGCGACUGUAUUUGCCGUAGUUGUUCGUGCAGCAAUGCCAAAGGGGAGGUGUGAUGGCAGUGAGGUCAAGUUUGAUGACAAUGCUGUUGUGCUUGUUGACAAACAAGGGCAGCCUAUUGGGACCAGAGUUUUCGGACCAGUUCCUCAUGAGUUGAGGCAGAAGAAGCAUGUCAAGAUCCUUACCUUAGCUGGCCAUAUUGCAUAGUAGACAUCCUCAACUUUUAUUGUGGAAUCUAAUAUCACACCUUACCAUUCAUAUAAUUUGAAUCUUUUGACAUGAAGUGUAAGGUUAGUAUUUAAUCCAUCGAAUCAUGAGGAGACACAGAAAAGAUUGUACUCAAAUAAUGAGCAGUUUUGGUUUCUAGCCUAACAUUAUUUUAGAGGUAAGAUAUUCAUGUGUGCUUCAUAUGCAACAGUUUUUGAAUGAUUUUUCCUUUUGAUUUCUA